GCAGACGCCGGACACUUGUGUCUCUCCCUGAAGUCAAGUGGGACUGCUGCUCGGUGCUGCGUGGCUUCCCUUUGGCAGUCACUAUCGCCAUGGGGGCUGCGUUGACUCGAGCUGCGCAGUGGACAGCGGCUGGCAUCGGCGCCGGAAAGUUGGAAUUUACACCCUUGAACGUGACCCUGCUGAAUGACAUAAUUAAAUUUGUUGAAAAUAUGAGCUCCAAGUAUCCCCAAGAAGCAGCCUUAAUGUUUCGAGAACCACUGGAAUGGUCGACAGGAGUGGAGGUGAUCGCAUUUGGUUCAGAUUAUGAACUUAGUAAUGAGACUUUAGUAUCAAAAGAAAAGAUAGAUGGGAUCCCUUUGCUGAAUUUUCAGUCUUCUACUGGCAUCAUUAAAGUAUAUGCCUUUAACCAGCUGGCUAAGUUUCUGGAAAUAGCUCAGAAGGAGAAACUGAAAGAAACACAAGCUUGUUUGGAAGCAAAUAGAGAUCCAAUAGCAAAGAUUCUAGGCCCAAGUUUUGCUACAGUGGAAGGAGAGGACAGCUCAAUGCUGCGCUUACUGGAAAAAGUGAAGAAAGGUGAUGAAGACCCUCAGGCUGAAGUUCAAAUGAAGUUAUUUCUUCUUCUCCAGCAGCUGGAUAUGCAGCUUCUUAAUACUUCUUUACAGAAAAUUUCACAAGAAGUGCGACUGAGCCCUCAAGCUAUAAAGAAUGAUGUGCAAUUGCUCCAAUCUUUCUCUGGUGAAGAAGACAAGUCAGUUUUAAAAUCUAUCAAAUACACAUCAGAAUAUGUGUUUUCUAAUGGAUGCAGAGCCCCACCAUGGAGACAGGUAUAUGGAGAUAUUUGCUACCUCAUUAUUGUUACACAUGACAUGGAUGUCUUGUAUGUCACCUGCAGCACAGCUGGAGUUUUUGAAAAUGGGGGUUUUAAGAAGGACAGUGAAGAUAUUAUCUACGACAGAAAAGGUGAUAUCUAUAAGGAUCUUAUUACAUUUCUGAGAGUAAAAUCGCCUACUUUUGCAGAAAAUCUUACACAGAUUCAACAGAAUUUUGCACUACAGAAGAAACUCACAGCUACUCGUAAGACUCUAAAAACAGAAGUGCCUACUAAUGAUGAAAUGGAUCUAGGUGAAAAGUUUAAAGAUUAUCAGGACAAGAAUAAACUUGAGAGAAAUAGGCAAUCUGCAAAGUUUAAGAUAAAGGAUGCAAAGAAAGAAGAAAAUAUCCUUAAGAUCAAGGAGUCAUCUCAUCAGCAGAUCUCCAAAGAUGACAAAACUCAACAGAAAGAUCAGACUGCCGGCAAGAUUAAACAAGGCAAAGAAAAUGAUGAAAUGAUUCCAACCAGGCGAUACAAGUGCAAAGAAUCUAAAGAAAGGAAAUUUUCAUUGAAGAGAAUAGGUUCUCUAGAGGCAGAAGACAUGGAUGAGAGUUCUACAGAUAGUGAGGAAGAGCAACAAGAUAUGGAUAGACAACAGGAGUCCAGCACUGAUUUGCCUUCUGAAUAUUGGCAGAUUCAGAAAGUGGUGAAAUAUUUGAAGGGUGGCAACCAAACAGCUACUGUUAUUGCCUUGUGCUCAAUGAAGGACUUUAACUUGUCUAGUGAAACAUGCCAGUUGGCCAUUCGAGAUGUGGGUGGACUUGAAGUUCUGAUUAACUUGCUAGAUACAGAUGACAUCAAAUGCAAGGUUGGUUCUUUAAAGAUCUUGAAAGAAAUUAGUAAAAAUCCACAAAUCCGGCGAUGCUUGGCAGAACUUAGGGGCUUACAGACUAUGGUGAAAAUUUUGGACUCCUCCAAUAAAGAUCUCAAAUGUCUGGCUGCUGAAACUAUUGCCAAUAUAGCCAAAUUCAAAAAAGCAAGGCAGACUGUCAGACUUCAUGGUGGAAUUCAGCGUCUGGUUGGUCUUUUGAACUGUGAUCCAAUCCUUUCAUCUAAUCUAACUGCAGAGCAAAAGAAAGAUAUUGAAGUUGCGCGUUGUGGUGCUCUUGCACUUUGGAGCUGCAGUAAAAGUAAAAAAAAUAAGGAGGAAAUCCGUAGAUCUGGUGGUAUUCCUCUGCUGGGUCAACUGUUGAAGUCUCCUCAUGAAAACAUGCUUAUUCCAGUUGUUGGCACACUACAAGAGUGUGCUUCAGAGCCUAGUUAUAGUUUGGCUAUUCGAACAGAAAAUAUGAUUAAAGAUCUGGUACGAAAUCUUAGCAGUGAAAGUGAGGAACUUCAAAUGCAUUGUGCCUGUGCCAUUUUCAAGUGUGGAGAGGAUGAGGAAACGCGUAAUCUUGUUCGAGCUCAUAAUGGACUAGAACCACUGGUAAAACUCUUCAACAGGUCUGACAAUAAAGAGUUGUUGGCAGCUGCUACAGGAGCCGUCUGGAAAUGUGCCAUAAGUAUGGAGAAUGUAGACAGGUUUAAAAACCUAAGGAUUGUUGAAACAUUGAUUCAUCUACUGGUUGGUCAACCCGAAGAAGUCCUUAUCAAUGUCGUCGGAGCCUUGGGGCAAUGUGCACGAGACCGGACUAUUCGAGCUGCUAUCAGAAAAUCUGAAGGAAUUGAACCUUUGGUUAAUCUUUUAACUGGAACAAAUAACGCUCUUCUUGUAAAUGUCACCAAAGCAGUGGGUGAAUGUGCGGUUGAUCCUGAAAAUAUGGCGAUAAUUGAAUCUCUAGAUGGAGUUCGGUUACUAUGGUCUUUGCUCAAAAAACCUAAUCCAGAUAUUCAAUCAAGUGCAGCAUGGGCAAUCUGUCCAUGUAUAGAAAAUGCCAAGUCUGGCAUACCUACCUGCUUCAAGCAGGCUUCAGGUGCAUAAGAAGAACGUGCUGACCUACCUCAAGGACUGUCCAGUAGCACUUACAUCCACAGUGAUGAAACAUAUCAACUGAGAUGAGACUUGGAACCACUCCAAUUUACGUACCAGAGCAACAGGUCAAGAGCAGAUGUCAUCUCAUUGGCUCUUCACUCAACCCUAGAACAUCUGGACAGCAAAGAUGCAUACAUCAGGAAGCUUUUCAUUGACUGCUGCUUUGUAUUUAAUAAUCCCUCAACACUAAUCAAUAAUGCAAGGCCUUGGCCUCAAUACCUCCUUGUGCAAUUGGAUCCUCAAUUUCCUCAGUUGCAGACCCCAGUCAGUUUUGAUUGGCAACAGCACCUUCACCACAAUCUCCAUAGCACAGGUGUAUCACAAGGAUGUGUGCUUAGCCCCUGCUCCAUUUGUUUUACACUUACAACUGUGUGACUAAGUGCAACUCCGAAGUCACAUUCAAGUUUGUUGACAACACAAUUGUCACAGGCCAAAUCAAGGGUGGUGAUGAGUCAGCAUAUAGGAGGGAGACUGGAAAUCUGGUUAAGUGGCGCCUUAGCAACAACCUCUUACUCAAUGUCAUUAAGACUAAGGAGCCAGUCCUCUUCGGAGGAUCAGAGGUGGAAAUAGUCAGCAGCUUUAAAUUCCUUAGUGUUAUCAUUUUGGAGGACCUGUACUGGGCCGAGCGUGUAAGUGCAAUUACAAAGAAAGCACAGUAGCACCUCUACUUUCUUAGGAGUUUGCAAAGAUUUGACACAACACCUGAAAUUUUGACAAACUUCCAUAGAUGUAUGGUGGAGAGUAAUUUGACUGGCUGCAUCACAGCCUGUUACGGAAACAACAAUGCCCUUAAAUGGAAAAUCAUAUAAAAAGUAGUGGAUACAGCCCAUUCUAUCAUGGGUCUAGCUCUUCCCCACAAAUGAGCACAUCUACAUGGAGUAUUGUCACAGAUUAGCAGCAUCCGUCAUCAGGGACUCGCCACCACCCAGGCAAAGCUCUCUUCUCAUUGCUGCCAUCAGGAAGAAGGUUCAAAGUUCAAAAAGCACAAAGUAAACUUUAUUUCGAAGUCCAUGCGUCACCACAUAUAACUCUGAGGUUCUUUUUUUCUGUGGGCAUACUUAGCAAAUCUAUAGAACAGUAACUGUAAACAGGAUCUGUAAACUAUAAACAUCAGGAGCUGUAAACUGUAAAUAAACUGUGCACAUGUAGGUAACAAAUAAAAAGCAAUAAAUAACAAGGUAAAAGAGUUCUUUAAUGAAUAUAGUAUCUCCUUUUGUUCAAGAACCUGAUGGUUGAGGGGUAAUAACUGUUCUUCGACCUGGUGGUGUGAGUCCUGAGGCACUUGUACCUUCUACCUGAUGGCAGUGGUGAGAAAAGAACAUGGCCUGGGUGGUGAGGAUCUUUGAUAAUUGGUGCUGCUCUCCUACUACAAUGUUUCAUGUCGAUGUGCUCAAAGGUUGGGAGGGUUUUACCUGUGAUGUACUGGGUCAAAUCCACUAUCGUUUGUAGGGUUUUCUGCUCAGAGGCAUUGAUGUUCCAAGGCAGGCUGUAAUGCAGCCAAUGAGUACACUUUACAUCACACAUCUAUAGAAGUUUGCCAAGGUGUUUGAUGACAUGCCAAUGUCAACAGACCCCUAAGGAAGUAGAGGCGGUGUUGCACUUUCUUCACAAUUGUAUUUGUAUGAUGGGUCCCCUGAGAUAGUGACACCCAGGAAUUUGAAGUUGCUGACCCUGUCCAGCUCUGAACCUCUAAUAAAUAGUGGCUAACGGACUUCUGGUUUCCCUCUCCUGCAGUCUACUAUCAAGUCCUUGGUUUUACUGACAUUAAGUGAGAGGGUGUUAUUACACCACUCUGCCAACAUUUCAAUCUCCCUCCUGUACAGGAGCCUUGGGACUCACACCACCAGGCUUAGGAAAAAUUAUUAUCCCUCAACCAUUAGGCUCUUGAACCAAAGGUGAUAAUUUCACUCAACUUCACUUCCUCCAUCAUUGAAAUGUUUCCACAACCAAUGAACUCACUUUCAUGGACUCUUAAUCUU